CUGUUCUCGGUGUCGGACGGUGUGAAAACUGCUGGACUGCGUUUCUUUGUUGAACAGCGGAUGAAAUCUGCUCUUUUAGCGGUUAGAAAUGAUGAUGUUUAAGCUGCUUUUUUGGACUGGAUGCUACAGUCUGCUGUCAGUCACGGAACAAGUUACAGCUGAAACUGAGAUAUUUUGCUCCUCUGAGCUGUUAGUAUCAUUCUGCAGCUCCAGCAUCGUUCUACAGUGUCACCUCGAGCCCCAGCAGGACGCAACAGACAACACAGUGAAAUGGACUCAGCAGGGUGAUGUUGUACAUAUUCGUAAAGGUGGAAAAGACGAUCCUGGAGAACAAAUGGAGAGGUUUGAAGGACGCACGCUUCUGUUCUCUGAAGGUCUCCAUAAAGGAAAUCUGUCACUCCAACUUUCCUCUUUAAAACUCUCCGACUCUGGAAGAUACAAGUGCUCCUUUCAGGUCGGCUCAGUGGAGAAGAGUUGUUACGUUGGUCUCAUUGUUGGAGAGUUUGAAGUGAUCGUCUCACCUGAUCCAGUUACAGCAGAGUCGGGUCAGGAUGUGGUUCUACCAUGCUACCUGGAACCUCCGUUUGAUGUAACAUCUCUGACUGUGGAGUGGAGAUGGAACAAAACUACGGUGCACAGAUAUUGAGAUCAGAAAGACGUUCCAGAUAUUGAAGAUCAGAGGUUUAAAGGCAGAACUUCUCUCUUCUAUGAUGAAAUGAUUCAUGGAAACAUUUCCCUCAAACUGAGAAAUGUUUCUGAAGAAGAUGCAGGAAAUUACAC